CACAUCAUAUUUUGGAUGCGUCUUGAAACAUAUAAAAACUAAUUAACCUGAUCAAAAGAUAUUUCAUUGAUUAUAUUGUUUUGCUGUUUUGUUUAAAAAAAGAAAUUUUUGUUUUUUGUUUCAAAGAAAAUGUUCAAACAUCUUUUUAUCGUUCUUUUUUUUGCCGUUUAUAUGGUUUCGGCUGCACCAACACCCGAUGAUGAAAAACCAGAUCCAUAUUCAUUUGCAUUCGAAGAAACUGAUGAAUUUGGUACAAAACUUUCCAGACAAGAAUCCGGUGAUGAACGUGGUGUAAUUCAAGGUCAAUAUUCAUAUACUGAUGCUACCGGUUUAACACGUACUGUUCAAUAUAUUGCUGAUGAUGAUGGUUUCCGUGCUAAUAUUAUUUCAAAUGAACCAGGUCUUACCAAUAGUGCACCAGCUGGUGCUAACUAUCAAGUCCAAUAAAUAAAUGGUUCUCAAAUUUAAACGAUUACUACGAACAAACCUACCAACAAUCCAGCCAAUUUUCGAUCACUAGCCAAAUAAAUAUCUAACUUUUU